AUGCAAUUGACUCGCCUCCUCACGUUGGCCGCCAUUGGUGGCCCCCUCAUGGUUACUGCUCACCCAGGACACCACGAGGAAGACGCUUCUCCUGAGUUGAAGGCAUACAAGCAAAACGUCCGUCGCUCCGCAGAGGGGUGUGCUUUGCACUGGGAGAACACCGGUGCUCACCAGCGCAACAUUGCUCGCCGCCAGGCAACCAUUUACAUGCAUCGCCGCCGUCUGCACAAGAAGGACACCAGCAAGGUGCUUAACACUUCUCACUACGAGGAGAACGUCAAGCUCAACUCUCCCUUUGAGGAUUUGUGGUCCGCUACUAGCAUUCCACUCAACCCAGAGGGCGAGAGUGGUCCUUACUGGGUUGUUGGAGAACGUCUUCGCUCCAACAUCCUGGAGAGCCAGCCCGGUGUUCCAGUAAUCAUUGAGGAGCAGUACAUCGACGUUGAGACCUGCGAGCCCAUCACCGACAUGUUCGCCGAAAUUUGGGGCUGCAAUGCCACCGGUGUCUACUCCGGUCUCGUCGCUUCGGGCAACGGAAACCCCAGCGACCUCUCCAACCACGAUACCACUUUCCUGCGUGGUGUCCAGCGUACCGACGAGGAUGGCGUUGUUACUUUCAUGACUCUAUUCCCCGGUCACUACGAUGGCCGCACCACCCACCACCACGUCGUUGCACACGUCAACACUACCUUGCUUCCCAACAACACCCUUGCCGGAGGCUACACCCCCCACAUUGGACAGUUCUUCUACGAUCAGGAUCUUAUCGAGAAGGUCGAGUCCACCUACCCCUACAACACCAACAAGAUUCCUCAGACCCAUAACAGCGUCGACCGUGUCUUUGAGCAGGAGACAGAGGGAUCUACUACCUCCGACCCGGUUCUUAACUAUGCUUACCUUGGUGACAAGAUUGAGGAUGGUAUCUUCGCUUGGGUCCAGGUUGCUAUCAACACUUCUGCUCACCACUACCCUUACUACACCAAUGUUCUCACCUCCACUGGUGGCAAGAAUGUUACUGGUACCGAGUGCGGUGACUACACCGAGAUUGAUGGUGGCAAGUGUUAA